CCACGCUCAGCUCGCUCUGUUCACGGCACACCCGCUCCAUCUUCCUCUAGACAAUAUGUCUCCCACCAUGUCAUCUUCGCUCUACACGGUGGCCGCCCUCUCCGGCCGAAGGGCUAGCCAGCAGGGAGGCAACAAGCAGCGGGCAGUGGUGCAGCCUCUCACGGCUGAUGCCGCCACGGAGGCGCUGCCGCUCAUCAGUGCUCCGCGGCGCCGUGGUGGUGGUGCUGACGAGCUCGUGGCGUGGAAGAGUAUCCGGCAGGAGAGGUGGGAGGGCGUGCUGGAAGUGGAGGGAAACCUCCCUCUCUGGCUGGAUGGCACGUACCUGAGGAACGGCCCGGGCCUAUGGGACCUCGGGGACUACGGCUUCCGCCACCUGUUCGACGGCUACGCGAUGCUAGUGCGCGUCUCGUUCCGCGACGGACACGCCGUGGGCGCGCACCGGCAGAUCGAGUCGGAGGCGUACAAGGCAGCGCGCGAGCAUGGGAAGCUGUGCUACCGCGAGUUCUCAGAGGUGCCCAAGCCGGACAGCUUCACGUCCUUCAUCGGGCAGCUCGUGAGCCUCUUCUCGGGGUCCUCCCUCACGGACAACUCCAACACCGGCGUCCUAAGGCUCGGCGAUGGCCGCGUGCUCUGCCUGACCGAGAGCGUCAAGGGCUCCAUCAUCGUCGACCCGGACACGCUGGACACGGUGAGCAAGUUCGAGUACCAAGACAAGCUGGGCGGCCUGAUCCACUCGGCGCACCCCAUCGUCACUGACACCGAGUUCUGGACGCUGAUUCCGGACCUGAUCCGGCCCGGGUACGUGGUGGCGAGGAUGGACAUCGGGAGCAACGAGAGGCAGUUCGUGGGGAGGGUGGAUUGCCGCGGCGGUCCUGCGCCCGGGUGGGUGCACUCGUUCCCCGUCACGGAGAACUAUGUGGUCGUGCCGGAGAUGCCGCUGCGGUACUGCGUGGCGAACCUCCUCCGCGCCGAGCCCACGCCUUUGUACAAGUUCCAAUGGUACCCAGAUUCCGGGAGCUACAUGCACGUCAUGUGCAAGGCCAGUGGCAACAUUGUGGCGAGCGUGGAGGUGCCGCCGUUCAUGACGUUCCACUUCAUCAACGCGUACGAGGAGAAGGACGAGGAGGGGCGCGUGACGGCGAUCAUCGCCGACUGCUGCGAGCACAACGCCAACACCUCCAUCCUCGACAACCUCCGUCUCCACAAUCUACGGAGCUUUACCGGUGAGGAUGUCCUCAUCGACUCCAGGGUGGGGCGGUUCAGGAUCCCUCUAGACGGCAGCCCAUUCGGUGAGCUGGAGGCGGCGCUGGACCCGGAGGAUCACGGGCGCGGCAUGGACAUGUGCAGCAUCAACCCGGCCCACCUUGGCAAGGAGUACCGCUACACCUACGCCUGCGGCGCGCACCGGCCGUGCAACUUCCCCAACACGCUCACCAAGAUCGACCUGGUGGAGAAGACGGUCAUGAACUGGUACGAGGAGGGCGCCGUGCCGUCCGAGCCCUACUUCGUGCCCCGCCCCGGCGCGGUCGAGGAAGAUGAUGGUGUGGCCAUAUCUAUGGUGAGUGCAAAGGACGGGUCGGGCUAUGCGCUGGUGCUGGACGCCAAGACGUUCAAGGAGAUCGCCAGGGCCAACUUCCCCUACGGGCUACCCUACGGCUUGCACUGUUGUUGGGUGCCCAGGAACAAGUAACCAAAAACAUGUUUUUGAGCAUGUGCACCUGGCCCUUUCUAUCUAGCUACCCAUUUUAUGCAUCGUGAUUCAUGUUAGUACUUGUUUUUCUCUCUCAUAUAGAACAUGUCUUAAACUUCAAACUUUACAGCACAAUAAAGCUUUCUAACUAGAAUCUGGGACAAAAACUUUCAGAUUUUUUGGUCCAACAUAAAUAUUUUAUCCCACAUCUUUGUUGUGCUGCAAAGUUUGAAGUUGGAGACACGUUUUAUAUGAAAGAAACAAAAAAAAAAGACUUACAUGUACUAAAUUAGAUGUGUAGCAUAGGUAUCAAAGCAACAUUGAGCAGUCAGGAUAGCGAGGCCCGGGUGCAUAUGCUCUAAAAAUCUGCAUUCUUAAAGUAACAGCAUACUCCCUGGCGGGCCGGUGACAUUGUUUCUCUGCUAGCUAGGGUCGGCGAAACCAAGUCGGUGGUCGCAUAUAUACAUAUACAUAUGUGGAUGUCUUUUUUUUUUUGCAUGGUCCAUAUGUGGAUGCAUGUGUCGCUCGUAAUACGGGAGGCGAAACUACAAGGAGCGAGCACGUCCCCGAUCAUCACUGCUCAAGUAAUGCACAAUGUUUUUUUUAUCAAAGACGGGCUUCCCUUUCGAUUUUCAUUCCUGAAAACCCACUGCAGAACCAGAAGUAUUCAACCUUAUUACAUUACCAAGUUCUCACGCAUCGCAGCUUAAACCACCUAAACCAAAAGCCAACAGAGGCCAACAGUCUUCCUAACCCAUCAAAUUGGGAAGUAAUGCACAAUGUGGAAUGCAUGUGUACAUAAUUCGUUGUU